GAGCCCCACUUCUCCGACAUUGUGGACUAGCGCAUAGCGCUACUUGAGGACUGACAUCCAAAGAUCCGAUGGGUACUCACGUCACUCCGUGAAAGCGAUACGCUAGAGGUUGUGAUAUCGGUAGCGAGUUUAUCCUAGAUCCGUACGUGCUGGAUAAUUGAGGUGUGCCGCAAAUCAUCGUGUCGUCAUCCAUGAGAACGCGAUUCAAAAUGUCUCUUUCCGUAUUAGGGGUUUCUGGUUGGCAAGACGUGAAAAAGUCAUAAGAGGGGUCACCAGACAGGACUUCUUCCAAGCAAGAUAAGUAUAUUGAUGCAAAGAUGGCAAAGAUGACUGCGACAUCACUUCUUCCACUGCUUUAUGCAAGUGGGAUCUGCGCCCAAUAUGUUCCUGUGCCAUGGGCAUACACACAAGACGAGCCUCCUGUGAAGGUUACCGUUGAUGCUACGGUACGACAUCAAACCAUGAUUGGGGGUGGCUGUUCGGGAGCUUUCGGCGUCGCCUGUGAUCAGACCGGAUCCCAAGGGCUUUCGCCCUCGAACCAACAACUCGUCAGCGAUUACCUUUUUAGCGAAAACCUUGGAGGCCUUUCCGUUCUACGCAACCGAGUCGGUUCGAGUCCUACCGAUGGUAUUCUUGGUAGCUGUCCAUCGACGCCUUCAGCACCGGCCAACUAUUCAGGCCUAGGAAUGAACGAUUCCACAGCCGACAGUUGUCAACUCAAACUCACACAGCAAGCUAUGAACGCCAAUCCGGACCUUUUUAUCUACGCCGACGCUUGGUCUGCUCCGGGUUGCUUCAAAACCGAUUCCACUGACAUCAAUGGCGGGCUGAUCUGCGGUGUACGCGGAACCAAUUGUACGCAUGACUGGCGACAGGCAUAUGCUGACUACCUCGUGGAAUACGUCAGGCUGUAUGAAGAGAAGGGUAUCAAUGUUAGCUUGAUAGGCGCUUACAACGAACCGGAUUUUAAUCCCGUCACUUACGCUAGCAUGGACUCCGACGGAUAUCAGGCUGCAGACUUCCUGGAGGUACUCUAUCCUACCGUCAAGAAGUAUCGCAAGGACUUGCAGGUAUCUUGCUGCGAUGCUACUGGUGCUCGUCAAGAACGGAAUCUCCUCUACGAGUUGGACCAAGCUGGUGGCGGUAAGAACUACGAUAUAGCGACAUGGCACAACUACCAAAGCAUGCCAGAGCGGCCCUUCAAUACGCAAGGUCAGCCCAAUAUGGAGACGGAGUGGUCAGACGGCAGCGGCUCCUUCAAUACGACUUGGGAUACGACAGGUCAGCUUGCAGAGGGUUUACAAUGGGCCAUCUAUAUGCACCAAGCCUUUGUCUUUAGUGACACGUCCGGAUACCUCCACUGGUGGUGUGCGCAAGACAACCCGGGAAAUACCACCGGUAGCGAUGCCAUUCUCGUUCGCCUGGAUGGCGAUACUUUUGAGGUCUCUCGCCGUCUCUGGGCUUUCGCCGGCUACUUCCGUUUCGCACGCCCAGGAUCGGUUCGCAUCGAUGCUAUCAGUCCCGCAGAGAACCUCAAGGUCACGGCCUUCGAGAACACGAAUGGUACGCUGGCUAUCCCUGUUAUCAACGAGGCGCACUUUGAGAGGCAGGUAGAGGUAAGUAUCGGGGGCUGUCAAUUAGCUCUGGGUGUUGCGACUGCAUAUCUAGCAGACAAUGAACACAACAAUACGCUGGUUGGGACUUAUGGAGUCAAUGGGUCAACGUUCCUGGCUAGUAUUCCGCCGAGGAGUAUGACCACUUUUUUCCUGGAGUGAAUGUUGUUAGUGGAAGUUUCAACACCUACUCCUUGACUACAGAACAUUUCGAUUCCAUUUGGUGGAAC